ACUGAGAAAUCCCUCCGAGGUCCACAGCCCAAGGCCUGUCGUCCGUGUCUCACGCUGUCCCCCACCUACAGGAACAUCGGAAGGCAGCCUGGUGUGGACCUGACCACCAAGCCAAGACAGUCAUCACAGAAGAGUGCCUAGUCAGCACUGUGGACAUGAAUCGCUAUGAUGCAGACCCCUCCGGCUCCCCCUUCGGCCACAGGGGCUCCUUGCUGCCCUCCUCCUCCUCACUCUACUCCAAAAGGAAGAACUCUGGAGACAGCCACCCUGAAGGAGACCCCACCACUGCUGCCAGGGGUCCCUGCACCAGUCCCAUGUCCUCCACAGUCACCUCUACACCUACACUGAAGACUCCUGCCCCCAGCCCGAAGAGAAACGGGGCCUCGCUGGAAGGGAACAGACGUGCAACGAUGACGACGAGCCCCUCUCUGGACAGGCAGGACAGCCGGCGGCCACGGAGCAGGAACCCGUCCACCUGGACGGUAGAGGACGUGGUGUGGUUCGUCAAAGACGCCGACCCACAGGCUCUGGGGCCACACGUGGAGCUCUUCAGAAAGCAUGAGAUUGACGGCCACGCCCUGUUGCUGCUGAAGAGUGACAUGAUCAUGAAGUACUUGGGCCUGAAGCUGGGGCCUGCCCUCAAACUCUGCUACCACAUCGACAAGCUGAAGCAAGCCAAGUUCUGAAGACGGGAGCAGACCCCGACACCGCAGAG